AGCAUAUUGAGCGGAUGAGAGCUUUUGAACUGUAGUAAAAGAGCUUUUGAACUGUACCCGUAAAUCCCGAUUGUGAUUCGAAGCAAAUGGCAGCGAUGGCGAGAGCAGUUGUCCACAUUGGUCAUCAAUGGAAUCGACGCAACGAUGUUGGAGCAGUGCCCUGGAUUACUGCAAGCCUUGGCAAUGGCGGCCGCCCUUCUUUACGCCAACAAUGGCAAUUCCGAUCCCCAGCAAGAAGAAGGAUAAGCACCUCAAUCGGUCGUCGCCCUGCUCUUCUGGCGUGUCUCCCACCUUCCUCUUCGCAAUCGCCCCCCGCAAUUACUUCCACCAAGCUUUACGUCAGUGGUCUCUCAUUUCGAACCACUGAAAAGAGCUUGAUGAAUGCGUUCCAGAAAUUUGGUGACCUUGUAGAAGUCAACUUGGUGAUUGAUAGAAAAGCAAAUAGACCAAGAGGCUUUGCUUUCCUUCUUUAUGCGACAGAGGAGGAAUCUAAGAAAGCUAUUGAGGGAAUGCAUGGGAAGUUUCUUGAUGGCAGGGUAAUAUUUGUUGAAGUUGCAAAACCUAGAUCUGAGCUUCGCCAAAACCUCAAGCAAAAUUGAACACAGUAUUGAUGAGUUAGACAUGACACUGAUAUCAAGUGGCUUGGAUUUUGGCACCGUUGAGUACUAAGCAACACCUGCAACGAUUUCAAAUUUCUGGGGCCACUGCAGCAGUAUUUGACUUCCCAACUGAUGCAAAUGUAAAUGCUACAUAUCUCUCUCAGCCUAAGUGAUCUUUGUAUGCAUACAUUAUCAGUACAGAUUGAUUAUGAAAUUCCAUAUAGUGAUAACAUUUAAAUAUGCUAGUAUUUGGUUAUAGAUUGUUGUCUUCA